AGCGGGCGGGCGGGUGGAGCUGCAGCCCGCCGGGCCGGGCCGUUCCGAGCCGAACCGAACCGAACCGAGGAGAGUUCCCGUCAUCCGCCGUCCUGCCCGCGAUGCGGCGGAACCCGCAGGGCUAGAGAGUCGUCCGCAACCCGCAUCCUGAAACCAGACGCCGACCGAAGCCGCCGUCCAGGCCGCAGCAUGGAGCGCUCCGGCAGCAUCCAGCUGGACAUCCCCGACUUCAGCAACUCGGUGCUGUCCCACCUGAACCAGCUGCGCGUUCAGGGCCGCCUCUGCGACAUCGUGGUCAACGUCCAGGGCCAGAGCUUCCGCGCGCACAAGGUGGUCCUCGCCGCCAGCUCGCCGUACUUCCGCGACCACAUGUCCCUGAGCCAGAUGAGCACCGUGUCGCUGACGGUCAUCCGCAACCCGUCCGUCUUCGAGCAGCUGCUGACCUUCUGCUACACGGGCCGCCUCUGCCUGCAGCUGGCGGACAUCAUCAGCUACCUGACGGCCGCCAGCUUCCUGCAGAUGCAGCACAUCAUCGACCGCUGCACGCAGAUCCUGGAGGGCAUCCACCUGAAGAUCAGCCUGGCCGACGUGGACGAGGCGUCCAGGGAGGAGGAGGCGGCCAUGCGGGGGUCCCGGAGCGGCAGGACGAUGGAGGCGGUGGUGCGGGGAGGCGCUCACCACGGAGGUCUGAGCUCUAGUCUGAGGCUCCUCGGCCCCAGAGGAGGCGCCGAGGUGUUCGAGGUGGUGAGCCCCGCCGAGGAGGCGCUCAGCCCGACGCCGACGGUGGAGCACAGCGGGCUGGAGGGGCCCGGCGCCCCCGGCGGCGGCGGCGGCGGCAGAGCGAGCAAAGAGCCGAUCCUGCGCAUUAACCGGGCCGGCCAGUGGUACAUGGAGACGAGCAGCGAGCCGGAGCGGACCGACAGCGCCGAGGAGGGCGCCGCAGUGGACCGGGUCAGGAUCAAGACGGAGCGGACGGAGGACUGGAUCGGAGCGGGAGGCGACCAGGAGGAGGAGGGCGCCACCAUGAUGAUCGACACGUCGGGGCGCAGCACGCUGAUGACGGCGCCGCAGGGGGGCCGCAGCGGGCAGGCGUCCUCCAGCUUCAGCGAGGCCGACCGGUUCAGCCCCACCGGCAGCGUGGUCGUCCUCACCGAGCGGCAGAGGGCGAAGAGCGAGUCCCCGAGCCGAGCCGACGAGCUGCGGCAGCCCAGCUCACAGGGGGAGGAGCACGCGGCGUUCGACAUGGGCGGCUACGAGGACUACCUGAGGGAGCAGGUCGGCGACCGCUGGUUCCGCUACAACCCCCGGCUCACCUGCAUCUACUGCUGCAAGUCCUUCAACCAGAAGGGCAGCCUGGACCGCCACAUGCGGCUGCACAUGGGCAUCACGCCGUUCGUCUGCCGCAUCUGCGGGAAGAAGUACACCCGGAAGGACCAGCUGGAGUACCACAUCCGCAAGCACACCGGCAACAAGCCCUUCCACUGCCACGUCUGCGGCAAGAGCUUCCCCUUCCAGGCCAUCCUCAACCAACACUUCCGCAAGAACCACCCGGGCUGCGCCCCCCAGGAGGCCCACAGCGCCUCGCCCGAGACCACCACCGCCUCCGUCACGUCCAGGGGAGGCCCCAGCGACGAGGCCUCCCCGAGCCAGGAGGAGCCCGAAGGCGGCGGCGGCGGUGGGAACGGCGGAGGCCAGUACGGCGAGGGCCCCCAGACCUCGGUUUCCACCACGGGGCCCGACUGACCUCAGCGAGCGCCGGGGUGUCAGGGCUGAGGUCAGCAACGGGGGCGGGGGGGUCCGACCGCUCGGCGCCGCCCCGCCCGAAGUCAACGCACACCUCAGAGUCCGAAAUGAGAUUCGUACCGCUUUAAACCGCAUCUACCUUGGCUAACCAGACAGAGCAAUCUAAGCUAACGAUGAAGAAACGCCACACACUCCUACAACCUCAUACGCCACAGAGCGCCGCCGCCGCCGCUCUCCGUCGACUUUACGUUGCAGGUUUCUACUUUUUCUAUCUCCAGGUUCCCCCCCGGCGGCGCGUCGUCGCGACCGUCCGGGGAGGACUUUGCCAAAAUACUCAGUGCCAGUUUUAACGGUUCAAAUCCUUUUUAUUUGCCUCGAGACAAUCCGGAGCAGUCAGGUUAACGACGGCGACGUUGGUUACGUUCAUUAUUGCGCUCGUUUUAAGUGCCACGGUCACGACGGUUUCCUUCGUGGGGGGGGGGGAGUGUGCCUGGAGCGCCUGGCGUCCGUCACGUUUCGCCUCUCUUACACUACAGAAACAAAAAAACGCAGCUCUAACUUCUCCGUCCUCCAGAACGACAUCUUGGCUUCAAAUACCUCAUUUUGUUUCAAGGACAUGAAAUCGACUUUCAUUCAAAAGUGUUUCGCUGCUGAAUCAAAGGUGGCGACCAAAAUCCUGAAAUCAUCCAGUUAUCCCUGCCAGGGGCGGUCCUAGGCAGGGGUUCAGCGGGGGCCAGUGCCCCUUUUAUAGCCCUUGUGCUAAAGACAUUAAAUUCACUUCUUAUAAUUAUACGCACUGGUGAAGAAACAACAACUGAUUGGUCGCUUUGACCAACUUUAUUUUUUAUCUUUACAGUUUCACUCUAACAAGCAUUUAAAAAUUAAGCGUUUAGCUUUAGCCGUAUUA